GACUCGUUGUACAACUCUCGACCGCGGACAGCCUGUCGCGCGACGACAAAAAUAAUAACCAUCGUCGUUACAGGCCGUCGCACGUCCGCUAUCAUAACGGGACGACGCUAUCACAGAAUAAUAUUCAACAAUGUUCGAUCCGGCGCUACAAUAGGAUUGUAACGAUGACUCAUGACGUCGCGCCGGCGGCGAUUGUGACAGCCGACAACGCGGAUUACCGUGCGCGAUUCGGAUCGGACUAGUUGGCAAAAAUGGAUUUCAGACGAAAAACACGUCAGCGAAAGUCCGUCGCAUGACGUCGCGUGCGCUGGCCGCGACAUCACCGGUAGUCGGCAGGUAGUAUGGCCCGCGUCGCUGACCGCCCGGCCGCCGUCUGACCGACCGACCGACCGACCGACGUAGCCUCGUCCGAUCGCAUCGCAUCGCCCGCCCGCCCGCCCAUGUUGGCCGGCGGCUACGACAUGGCGUGGCCACUGUUCGUCCUGCUCCUGUGCGCCAACGCGCUGCUGUGCCGGUGCCUGGACAAGGAGGACGUGAUAUUCGCCGUCAACGCCGGCGGCGACGCGCACGUCGACAGCUACGGCAUACUGUACCAGAGGGACUUCAACCGGGUCGGCACCGAGUCCGACUACGGCAAGAAGCUGUCCAUACAGCGGGUCAAGCCCCACGACCAGAUCCUGUACCAGACCGAGAGGUAUUCGCAAACCACCUUUGGUUACGACAUACCCGUCAUGCAGGACGGCGACUAUGUCAUGGUGCUCAAGUUCAGCGAGGUGUACUUCACCAACAGCGGCUUAAAGGUGUUUGACGUUGUUCUGAACGGUCAACAUGUAGUGGUACCGCUGUUGGACAUCUACGACAAGGUCGGAUUUGGCUCCGCUCAUGACGAGUACAUUGAAUUUACGGUAGACGGCACAACGUUGUAUUGGAGAGGGGAGAUAUCAGAAAUCAAAGGAAAUCUCGUUCGAGUGGAUUUUAUAAAAGGUGAAAGAGAUAACCCUAAAGUAAAUGCAGUACUUGUAGCCAAAGGCCGGAUUUCAGAUAUACCAAGAUUACCAGAUUUAUACUCUGAUAUUGAACCACAACCACACGAUGAGGUAGAUGUGGAAGAAGAUCCAUCUGUUAGUGACAGCAAAGAUCCUGUAAAGAUGGUACAACACACUAGAAAUCCUAGUGGACCCAGAGCACCAGAUCCACAAGAUGUAAAUUCCAUGAAGUUAAUGCCAAUAUUUGGCGCCCUGAUUGCUUUUUUUGGAGCACUUCUUCUACUUUGCAGACUAUGAAGUGUUACAUAAUAAAUAUAUAUUUUUACUAU